AGGAAAGCUCUGCUGUGACUUAUCAAAAUUUCUCUUAGCUUCUCAUCAUGCCAAACAGCCGUGUGGUAGCAGCCAUCUUCAUAUGAAGCCUAAUACCCAUUAAUUCUCACCAUAACAUGCUCCUUCCAUUUUAUUCUCAUAAGAAUCAUAUUGCUUUCACUUGACUGUUAGUUCUAUCACAUAUCACUUGAUGAAUUAAUUACCCUUUGGGAGAAGGAGAAGUUACUCAAUGCAGCAGGAACCUCAAGGUUUUGUGAAAGAGCAACAGUACCGGCUGGCGUAAAUAAAUAAAUUAUAUUUAGAGAAAUUGAGAAGAAGAAGAAAAAAAGUUAUUAGAGAUGCUAAAGAGUCCCAGAAAGUUUACGCUGCCCUUUACUAAAUGGGUAUCUGAUCUUGAUUGGCGUUUCCUUGUGUUGAUAAUCCCUGCCGUUUUUAUCCUUAUGUUCAUCUCUCUCCAUUCAACCACUUUAAACACCUUUUCUUCAUUGUACCCUGUUCAGCAAUUCCUUUUGAGCCUUCCUUUUCAAAAAGCCAAGGCUGUGGGUAUCAACGAGAACAAUAAUCAUGCUUCGAAAGAUGAGUUGGUGCGGUCGAGAAUGGCUGUGUGUUUGGUGGGUGGUGCUAGAAGGUUCGAACUCACUGGACCCUCCAUAUUGGAGAUGAUAAUCAAGGAAUACCCCAAUUCGGAUCUUUUUUUGCAUAGCCCGAUAGACAAAGAUACAUUCAAGUUCUCUCUCUUGAGGUUUGCGCCAAAGGUCGCUGCCGUUCGAAUCUUCCACCCUCAACCGUUGCCGGAGAAUGAGUCAUAUGUUCGAGUCCUCACGGCGCAGAACUCGCCCAACGGCAUCCAGGGGCUUCUUCAAUAUUUUAACCUCGUGGAAGGAUGCUUAACGAUGAUAAAAUCAUAUCAGCAGAAGAACCAUUUCACGUACGACUGGAUAGUCCGAACACGAGUAGACGGGUACUGGAACGCUCCACUCGGGUCAGAAAACUUUGUUCCGGGUAAGUAUCUGGUCCCUCCCGGAUCCUCGUACGGUGGACUCAACGACCGUUUAGGCAUCGGCGACCUCAAAACCUCAACAGUGGCUAUGUCUCGGCUUUCCCUCAUUCCCCAAUUAGAUUCCGCUGGAUUCACCAACCUCAACUCAGAAUCAGCCUUCAAAGCUCAGCUCACAACACAACAUGUGAGUUACCUCACGAAUCGACUUCCUUUCUGCAUCGUUUCGGACCGCAAGUACGAUUUUCCGCCAGGCCAGUUCGGCGUGCCGGUCGGGGCGUUGUCGAGUCCCGGUCCACUGAGCGGAGCAAAAUGCAGACCGUGCGUGCCGGUUUGCCAAGGCACGUGCGUGGAGAACGUGAUGGUGUCCGUUGAAAAGGAGUGGAGUUGGACCGAUUGGGAGAACGGGUCACUUGAACUUUGCGAUGCUCACGAAAGCUGGGAAAAUGGUUGGGAGAAGACUUUUGAUCGAGUUGCUGGAAAGAAACUUGCUGAGGCUAGGAAGAGAAUUCACUCUAUGAAAUUGAUGAACUGCAUUAACGAUUUCAUCAAGUUGAAAAAUCAGACUGCACAUUGGAAUGCCCCUCCAGUGGAAGAUAUUUGUACAUUGGGUUUGGCUUAUUAGUCUUGAUCUUCGGUUUUUUUUUUUUUUUUCUAUACUCUGCAGUUAGUCGUAAACACAAUUUACUACAGUAAACACGAUUUGGGGAAAAUAUCAUUUUUUUGGCUAAUUGGAAUACUUGUUUUGGAAAUUUAAAUAUGAAAAAUAUAAGUAUUAUGUUCGUCGAGAAAAAGGAUGCUUCGUGCGGACCCUUCAAACAAUGAGACCCACAUGGUACUGUGUCGGCCGGAAAAAGUUUUAACUUUUUUUGUAACACAGAAAGUUUUGAGUUUUGACCCUUUAAAUAUACUAGUGGUAGUGGGCAUGUUGCAGAGGGGGAAAUUUAUAUGGUACCCGACUCUGGUGGUCCCUCUAAAAAUAUGAUAUUUGUAUUAAACUUUUAUUUUUUUUCUUCUUUCUUCUCAAUUUUUUUUUUUCUCUACUCUGUCUCACCAAAUUAAAAGUGCUCCGAAAGCACUAAAUUUCUACACGUAGCAGAGGGUGUGAUAUCAAUUAAUGUUGAUAUUAGGAUUUUUUGGGUUAAUCUUUCAAUAUGUUACAUAACAGAAAAAUUUUCUCAUGUAAAAAAAUCACAUGAUAGUGUUGGAAUAGAAGAUUCUAUAUGUUGUUAUGAUUUGCUGUGAUAUGUUGUAACCUGUAGUUUGUUAGGAUAUGUAUAACUGAGUCCUAUUGUAAUUAGGUGUAGUUACUUAUCUUUAGGAAGUUGUUUUACUAUUUGGUAACAGACUGUUUGGUAACAGCCGUAACAGCCUAUUCUAUUUAAGA